AUGCCGUCGGUGGAAUGUGGCCGUUUGGGCCUUCAACCGACGGCCAUCAAUCAGAAUCAUAUCAAAAACAUAUUAAGUGAACCCAAAAAGCGUAAACCGCGUCAAGAAAUCUGUGCACCUCUCAAAUGGCUAUGUUUUAUCGCCAAUUUUAUUGUUUUUCUUACUGGUGUAACUUGUUUGGCUCUUGGUGUGUAUUUAUGUAUCAAAGAUCCAAGGCCAAUAACGGAAUGGGCUGAUGUGUUAUUGAAUCCAGCGGUAAUGCUCAUCAUGAUCGGACUUGCCAUAUGUAUUGUUUCACUGAUGGGAUCUCUCGGUGCGCUGAGGGAUAAUAUUAUAUUGCUCAAAACGGCUAUCAUUGUAAUGCUUACAUUUCUGUUGUUCAUUUUGUUCUAUUCUGAUACAACGGAAGGACUCUCAGCGCAUAGUAUUCUAAUAUACUGUGUCAAAAACUAUCAUACGAACAGAAAUUUAGCAGAUUUUGUUGAUUAUAUUCAAGAACAGCUUGAAUGCUGUGGAGUAUCUUCAGCAUCUCAAGGUUAUCGAGAUUGGCAACUUUCUGACCAGUUUAACUGCAAUCCGACUAAUCCGUAUCCGGAAAAAUGUGGGGUACCUUUCAGCUGCUGUAAACGUUCUGUGAUAUCUGAAGCAGCAGCUGGUUCAACCAAUCCUCUGCUACCUGCAAUGAGAUCACUGGAGUGCUGGCAAAAUGCUCAGUCAAAACGUCCUCAAGAAUUAGAGUCUGAUUUACAUACUCGUGGAUGCCUACAACCGUUACGAAUACUUUUUGAAAGUCAUGCAGUACAUUUGGGUGCUUUUGUCGCAAUUAUUAUUAUUCCUGUUUGCAUAUCAGUAUGUUUAUCAAAUAUUUUGGCCAAGCAAAUUGAUCAUCAGCGUUAUUUAUUGGAACGGGAAGCUCGGCGUUGUGAACGACGUCGUAGACGAAAUGAACGCUGUCGUUUGCGUAAUCCAUAUGUAGUAGUUUGUGAGCCAAAAUGCUCUACUGAUGUAUCACGACAAAUCGUGGGUCAGAAUUCGGAUAACACUGUUACUGCCAAGAAUCUAGGCUCAGGAAUAGGAAAAGCUACAGAGUCACGACUGCCAGCGCCUGUUCCAGUCGAAAAGGAGCAUACAGCCUUGGGUUUAACUAACAUAUCACAUUCUCCGCCACCAGUACCUCCACAUGAAAAUUUAGUAUUGAAUAAUGAUGUAAGACGCCAUCGAAAGCAUUAUCGAGCUAAAAGUAAUUCACCAUCAAAACAUGUGAUGCAAAUAUCAUCAACAACGCCUAAGCAGCAUCAAAAGAUAUCAGGCGGGCCAUCAACAGUAGCUUUCCAUCCUAAGCAUGAUAAGAAACAACGGAGACGUUCGUUGGCCGCUGCUUCACCACCUAAAGUAACUGCUGAAAAUCGAACACAACAGUGGGUGUUAGAGCAAUCUGAUCUUGGUAAUUACAAGCUAAUUGUUUGA